GAGGAAAAUGAACCAGAAGGAGCUUGCUGACACACUGGAGAAAUAUUCAGAUGAUCCUGCUGUGAUUUGCCAACGUGAACUCAAAUCUAAUCUAAAGAAGAAGUUUCGAUGUGUAUUUGAGGGGAUCGCUAAACAAGGAAACCCAACACUUCUCAAUAAGAUCUACACAGAGCUCUACAUCACAGAGGGUGGAACAGGAGAGGUCAAUAAUGAACAUGAGCUGAGACAGAUUGAGACAACAACCAGGAAACAAGCAAGACCAGAGACUGCAAUCAAAUGUAACGACAUCUUCAAACCCUUAACUGGACAAGACAAACCUAUCAGAACUGUGCUGACAAAGGGAGUCGCUGGCAUUGGAAAAACAGUCUCUGUGCAGAAGUUCAUUCUGGACUGGGCUGAAGGAAAAGCAAAUCAGGAUGUCCAAUUUGUAUUUUCAUUCCCUUUUCGGGAGCUGAAUUUGAUGAAAGAGGAGAAACACACUUCCAUUGAACUACUCAAUCACUUCUCAAUGGAAACCAAACAAUCAGGAAUCUCCAUCUACAACAAGUACAAAGUUCUGUUCAUCUUUGAUGGUCUGGAUGAGUGCCGACUGCCCCUAGACUUCCAGAAUAACAAGAUCUGUUGUGACGUCACAGAGUCAACCUCAGUGGAUGUUCUGCUGACAAAUCUCAUCAAGGGAAAUCUGCUUCCCUCUGCUCUCCUCUGGAUAACUACCAGACCUGCAGCAGCCAAUAAGAUCCCUUCAGGGUGUGUUGACCAGGUGACAGAGGUACGAGGGUUCAAUGACCCACAGAAGGAGGAGUACUUCAGGAAGAGAUUCAGUGAUGAGGACCUGGCCAGCAGAAUCAUCUCACACAUAAAGACAUCAAGGAGCCUCCACAUCAUGUGCCACAUUCCAGUCUUCUGUUGGAUUUCUGCAACAGUCCUUGAACACAUG